AGCACCAGAAAUCCACAGGACAGGCACACAGGAACACCUGAUACUCAACACAGACUUAACUUUAAAAAGACUCAAGAAAUGACUGGGAAAAAAUGGAUUCUCCUUGUCUCCGGCUCAAAGGGCUGGGAACAUUACAAACACCAGGCCAAUGUGUGCCUUCAUUAUCAGCUUAUCAAGAGACAUGGAAUUCCUGAUGAGCAGAUUGUGGUGAUGAUGUAUGAUGACAUCGCUUACAAUCCAAAAAACCCAGAAAAUGGACAAAUUAUCAGUGUAGUUGAUGAUUCAAACGUGUACCUAGGCGUUCCAAAGGACUACACUGGAAAGCAUCUGACCCCAGAUAACUUCCUGGCUGCUCUUCGAGGGGAUAAGAGCACGGGCAAAAAAGUCAUUGACAGUGGACCCGAUGACAACAUAUACGUCUACAUGUCCGGUUUGGGAAAAGAAGGUUCGCAACAUGAAGGCGCGUUUAAGUUUCUUCAGAAAGCACUUUCUCCUGAUGCUUUCAUGGACACGCUCAAGAGCAUGCAAGAGGGCAAAAAAUUUUCAAAGAUGGUGAUAUUCAUGGAGAGCGAUUACUCUGCAACGAUGUUCACAGACUUUCCCAAGGGUGUAGACGGUUGA